AUGCAAUUCCCCUGUGAAUAUGAAGACACAGGCUUGCUGCUCCAGCCACAGCUUGAGGGACAGGAUUAUGGGGCUGCUGCAGCAGAUGGGACACAGUGUCCAUCAGUGUCUGUGUCAAGGAACAGUUCUGCAAAGAGGGAUUGCCUGGUAGUUGCCGUGCUGUGCUGUGGGAAUUUAAUAAAUUUCAUUGAUUGGUUCAUUGUGCCAGGGAUCCUGUUGGAGAUACAGAAAUAUUUUGGGCUUAGUGAUGGCGAGACAGGUCUAUUGCAAACAGUCUUCACCUUGUGUUACAUGCUGGCUGCCCCCAUCUUUGGAUACCUCGGAGAUCGCUACAACAGGAAAAUCAUCCUUGGAGCUGGGAUUUUCUUCUGGUCUGGUGUGACCUUAGGGAGCUCAUUCAUCACUGAGUCGCAUUACAGGAUAUUUGUUCUUUCACGAGGACUGGUUGGCAUUGGCUCUGCCAGUUACUCCACUAUAGCACCUACCAUCAUUGCAGACCUGUUUGAGGAAGGAAAAAGGACCACAGUGUUAUCUAUCUUCUACAUCUUCAUUCCAGUGGGAAGUGGCUGUGGUUAUAUUCUGGCAGCUGGUGUGGCAGAAAGCACAGGUGACUGGCACUGGGCAUUAAGGGUAACUCCUUGCAUGGGAGGACUGGCACUGCUUCUCCUGAUUCUCCUGGUCCCUCAUAGAAUCCAGAGAAAGACAGCAGCACACAGAGCACUAAGCAUCUCUGGCACGAUACAAGGAACAGAUGAAAAGCCAGAUGUACACAGAACUGCCAAGACCACUUGGUGUCAAGAUGUGGGAUCACUUGUCCAGAACUGUAGUUUUGUCUGUUCCUCACUGGGUCUUACUGCCAUGGCCUUUGUCACUGGAUCCCUGGGAGUGUGGAUGCCACUGUUUCUGUACAGAGCUCAGGUUGUCCAGGGCAUUGUCCCACCAUGCCGCCAAGAAUCGUGCAAUUCAUCCAACAGCCUAAUAUUUGGAGGCAUCACCAUUGGGACAGGAAUCCUGGGUAUUAUUGCUGGAGCAGAAGCUGCAAGACUGUUAAGGAAGAUAAACAACAAAGCUGAUCCUCUGAUCUGUGCCACAAGCAUGUUCAUUUCUGCCCUGUGUCUCUACAUAGCUCUGAUGGUGGCCCAGACAAACAUCCUUUCCACUUUUAUUUUUAUUGCAUUUGGAGAACUGUUUUUGUCUGUAAAUUGGGCUGUUGUGACAGACAUACUGCUGUACGUGGUGACACCAAGGCGACAGUCCACAGCCAUUGCCCUGCAGAUUCUGGUGAGCCAUUUGCUGGGAGAUGCAGGCAGCCCAUACCUCAUUGGAGUUAUCUCCAACGCUAUCCAGGCCAGGAACAUCCCAUCGCUGCAGUGGAGUUUCCAGAGCAUGCAGUACAGCUUUGUCAUCUGUGCUUUUAUUGGGGUCCUUGGAGGAGGCUUUUUCCUCCUGACAUCUUUCUUCAUCGAGGAAGAUCGGGAAGAAGCUCAGAGGGUCUGA